UUCCGGUUUUACGUCAUGUUUAUUAUCAAAACAAAUAUCUAGAUUCUCGAUCAUACUGAGACGUAACAUACAGAUUACAUUACAAUACGAACAUUAGCAUAUGACUGUUAUUAGUAAACUGAGCCAUAAAUUGCCUUGCUAGUAUUAUAAGUUUAAAAAGAUGUCACUGAACAGCUCUCAUGCUCAAGGAGGAGUUUUGAUCUACUCUGGUGAAAGAAUAUUAAUCUACUAUGAUGGAAUUGAGAUGACAUUUGAGGGGCCACCUUCAAUUGUGCAUAUGAAAGGAAAAAAGAAGGGCAGGAUUUAUCUAACAACACACAGAGUUAUUUUUAACAGCCAAGACCACAAAGACCAAAUGCAGUCAUUUUCUUUUCCAUUUUUACUGAUGAGAGAAGUGGAACUUGAGCAGCCAAUCUUCGGAGCAAAUUAUAUUAAAGGCCGAAUUUUAGCAGAACAAUUUGGAAAUUGGGAAGGUGAAGCCAAGUUUAAAAUGCACUUUACUCAUGGUGGAGCCAUUGAAUUUGGAAAAGCCAUGCUUCAUGCUGCUUCUCUUGCCUCACGCAACAGACCCCCAAAUCCUCCACCUUAUUAUGCCCCACCUGGCGCUGACUACUAUGCUGCCCCACCCCCAGCAUACGAGCCUCCCAGAAACUCCUAUUACUCAUGGGUUCCCUAUGACACAUUUCCAACAGCACCUCCAGCUCAAAGCAUUUACAUGAGUCAAGCACCUCCUCCCUAUCCUGGAGUGGACCCCAGCAUGAUGUACCCCACCCCCACAGCACCAAUGGCUAAUGGACAUGAUGCCAAAGCCCAGGAGGCAGCAGCUAGCGCUUACUAUGACCCAUCCAACCAGCACAACUUUUACGCACCAGCAGCCAAUGGCAUGGCCCCGCCAGCAUACCAUGGACCACCUCCAGCUUACAGUGAAUAUGAGAAGAAAUCUAACUAGUCAGUCUGCACCAACAGAUCAGUGAUACUUUUCUAUUGAGAUGUUUGUUCUGUUCCUACACAUAAAUUCAUGAUGUUUUUUUCGUGCUUUUUAAAAUAUAUACCUUCUCUGUUGAUGAUUUGUGAUUAGGUUAUGAAUUGUAGUCUAUAUUUCUGUACAGCAACCUCCCAACAGUUAUAUUUAAGUGUUUGGUUUUGGUGGAAGGUCUGUGAUCUAAACGUACGAGUAUGAUAUGUAAAACUUACUUUUGGGUAAUCAUUUUUCAGAUGUUUAUUUACCAUAAUUUUUUUUUCUUUGCUUAAGAUUUUUACCUUUAUUGUCUAUGUUCAAUACUGUUGUAAAAAAUAAAAUAGUCAAUGAAAUAAUGUAAUUUCAAUUACUCAGUAGCAUCUUGACUCCUAAUUUUUAUUUAAAUAAUACUCUCUACUAACAUUGGCUUAUUAAGAAUUAUUUUUUUAAAUUUUGGAAACUAUAAACUACAUGAAGAUGUACAUUCCUUAAAAAUUCUAGAAAGAGUAGAAUUUUAUAUUACGAUAAGCUGUAGUUAAGUUUUAUAGGUAUUAUGUUGAUUCAAUUGAGCUUUAAGUUUUAUGAUGUUCACAUUAAAUGUUUAAUGAACUGGGUUGUAGUUAUAAGAACACUGCACACAUUUUUAAUACUAGUGUCAAAUAUUCUUUUAAACAUUUUAAUCCACCUGCAAAAAUGUCAAAUUUGAAAAAUAGUUGUAAAUGAAAAAUAACUUGAAGUAACUAUUAUUGUACUAUUGAAAGAAUCUGUAUGACGGCAUACGCCAAACAAAAAUACAUAUUUCUGGGAAAUAAGAAAAAUGCUAACUUGGUUAUGAAUUUUGGCAGUUUGAAUAACUUAAUUAGCUUCUAACAUUAAUUAACAGCUCCUAUUGGAUUUAGUAUGCAUAAAUAGAGGCAAAUUUUAAAAAAAAAAUUAUAUUAAAUAUGGGUUUAAAAAAAAAAAUUAAUAUCACAUAAAAUAGUACAUUUUAAAGAUGUUUUAGUUAUGUAGCAUUGAUCCCUGCAAAUAUAACCAUUUCUCUCAUUGCUUUUUGACCAGUUAGUUUUUUUUUUCUUUUUAACACAGCUCAGUGACAUGAACUAGAUGUAGUUGUAUUGCUAGCAAGAUGUGCUAAGUGUUGUAAAUACACAUCAAACUUCUAUAACUCCGGUGUUGUUUUUAAUCAGAUGUGUAUCAAAAUUAUGUGUAAAUAAAAAUAAGUAUUUUGAUUCCUAUGUAAAUAUUUCAUUUAUUUUUUUCACAACGUACAUGUUUUUAAUUAUAUUUUUCUGUAUUCAAGUUGGUUAAUAAGUUUAUUUAUAAAGAGAUAGAAGCAUCCAUUGGUAACCUGGAAACAGAAAUAACUGUAAAUCUUUCCUGAAUUUUCACACAAAAUUGUGUGAAUUAUAUGGGUUUGUGUGAAUUAUAUGGGUUUUGGUAUCCUUAUAUCCCUCAUCACAUUCACUUCCUCUGUAAACUAAUUCAAAUUAGUAAAUUAGUAAAAGCAAUUAUUGUUCCUCCCCUUACAUUGUCUAGGUCUUAUUGUGGAAUUUUUCUCAUGGAAUAAAAUAGAAAUUAUAUGUGUUUGUUGUAACAAUAACAGACAGCAUUUAAUUGUUAAUUUUUUUUAUAUCCCCAUUACAUGAAGGCUGUCAUGACAGCAUUUUGUGUCAACAUUUUCUGUGCUAACGUUAAGGUUUGUCUAACAUUAAGGUUUGUGGGUUAACAUGCACUGUCAACAAAAUUUUUGACAAAAACUUAGUGUCAACUAAAUGUUUGACAUGUGUGUUGAUAAUGUUGAUAAAAGUUUAGGGCAGAUUUACAUUGGUGUAGACUGUAGGCCUUGCUUUAUGUAUGAACCAACACAAUAAAAUACUUUUAAGCUACUA